AUGAGUACCGCACAUGAACUGAUUUACAACAAGAACUUUGCAGUUGGCAGCAUGCCAGUUGAACACAUCCUUAAGCCACAUUCAUGGGUGCCUACUUUGAACACGUUCUCAGAUCGCCUUGGUCCCUUGGGGUUCAACAUUUUCUGGGUACUCAUGGUCAAUCUUUUACAUGAGUUUGAGAUUGGUGUCUGGAAGUCCCUCUUUAUUCACUUGUUGUGCAUCAUUUUGGCACAUGAUAAGUCUCUUAUCCAUAAAUUAGACAAGAGAUACAGACAAACUCCAACAUUUGGCCAAGCAACCAUUCAAAAAUUUUCUGCCAACUCAUCAGAGAUGAAAUGGAUGGCAGCUCACAAUUUCAAAGACUUGCUCCAGUGUUCUAUCCCUGUCUUUGAUGGUCUUCUUCCUGAACCACACAACACAAUCAUGCUCAAGCUGCUAUUUACAAUGGUACAUUGGCACAGUCUAGCUAAACUUCGAAUGUAUUCCGAUCUGACCCUUGACAUCAUGGACCUCAUAACUUCAGCAGUUGGUCAACAGUUCCAGGAAUUCAAAGCAAAGGAUGAAUGCCUUGCAGGCUUCAAACAUAAUGUUCAGGAUUUUGGAGAUGACGAGACAGUUGAAAGCCAUGAUGAAGAUGAAGAGAAGGAUGAUUCUGAUUGUGAACAAGAUGGCAAGGUCCCUGAGCAACAGUUUGGCUCCAGCAGUGAAUCACUGUUAUCUGAGUUUCAUGAGAUGUACAAUAGUGACUUAGAACUAGAUUAUGAAAACUAA